AUGAGCACUAGGACAUCGUUAUUACGCUCGGUAAAACCGUACUUGUAUUUGGCUUCUAGCAAGCCAAGCGGCGAGACGUUGCGCUGUCUCGCCUCGGCUACUGGCAUUCCUAAGACGACGCUGAUGCGCCACUUGGCUGCAGGUGUCUUUCGUCGUGCUACGACUCGUGUUAAGCCGAAGCUGACAGACGUGCACAAGGCAAACGAGGUGCAUACAGACAACGGCGACAUUUUGGAGCAGUUAUUACAACUUAAGGAGGCCACAGCAGCUUAG